CUGUUCGAACACAAAAUCCAAGCAAGUCAGGACCAUACAUGUCCUUUCCCGCAUGCUACGAUCAGCUUCCGAUACAUUUUGCAGAGCAGGUUGUAAACUCCUAAACGGCAGAGCAAUCCUUCGAAACAAGCACCGCCGAAUCCAAAGAACAUUGCCCGGGGUGGUCGAAUCAAUCGGAAGAAUAACGAUAUCAACGGCGAGAGUAACGGAAACGCGCACAAUGAGCUCUGUCGAAACACCCGCUGCCGGGGAUCCCGCCGGCGCGACCCAAAACAAGCGACAACCCGAAACAAACGAAGGAGGAGGAGAAGAAGAAACACGCAAGGGCUGGAAGAGGCUCAAGACCGAAAAGUCGAAGCGGGGCUUUGGCAAGAAGGGAAAGGGAAAAUGGGUGAAGGACUUUGGCGACGACGGCAAGGACAAGCGCGACGAGCCGCCCCACAUCGGGUCCUUUGCCAACCCGGCCAUGAGGGAAAAGUUUGGAAUCACCCUGGACAAAGCCACACCCAGCGGUGACGGAAACGAAACGGAACCGGUUCCCACCAGCAAGAAGAAGGUGGUCCUCUUCCUGGGCUUUCUGGGCACCCGGUACGGUGGGUUCCAGGCCAACCCCGACCAGCGCACCCUCCAGGCCGAGAUCGAGCUGGCUCUGUACAAGUGCGGCAUGAUCUCCGACACCAACUUCGGGACGCCCCACAAGUACAGCUGGAGCAACUCCGCCCGGACCGACAAGGGCGUCCACGCCUGCGCCCAGGUCUGCUCGCUCAAGGUGGAGCUCCCCGUGUCCGACUGGGAGCACAAACCCGAGAGCCCCACCGGCGACCCGCUCGGGGGGCCCAUGGCCAGGCUGCAGGCCCUCCUCCCGGAGGACAUCCGGGUGCUGGACAUGGUCCGGUCGACCCGCAAUUUCUGCGCCAAGACGCAGCGGGACCGGGUCCGGUACCAGUACAUGGUCCCGUCCUUUCUGCUGCACCCCGACUGGAGGGGCCUCAUGGAGGACCACGGGAUCGACACCGCCGAGAAGAGGAGGAACGCGGACAACGUACGGGCGCCGCUCACCACGACCGAGGCCGAGGCCCUGUACGCGGUCCUGAAGGACUACCGGUCGACCGAGGAAAACCGGGGCCUCCUCUCCGCGGCCCUGCAAAAGUGCGAGGGCACCCGGUCCUUCCACAACUUCACCAAGGGCCUCAAGCCCGGCCAGGCCCAGGCGAAGCGGUUCAUCGAGACCUUCCGGGCCCAGGACCCCGUGGUGGUGGACGGCAUCGAGUGGAUCCCGACACAGGUCCUGGGGCAGUCUUUCUUGCUCCACCAGAUCCGGAAGAUGAUCUGCGUUGCCAUCGACGUGGCGAGGGGGGCCGCCCCCCUCUCCUUCAUGGACCGGGCCCUGGACCCGACCGAGACCGUCGCCCUGCACGUGGCGCCGGCGCAGGGGCUGUUCCUGGAGAUGAGCUACUUUGGGGGGUACAACCGCCGGAAAAACACGCAGACCAACCACGACCUCCCGGACAUCGACUGGACCAGGGACGGUCCGGCGAGGGACCGCUGGCUGGCCUUCCGGAACGUGGUCCGCGACCACAUCUGCCAGGAAGACAAGAACCAGCUGAAUUUCGUCCAGUUCCUCUUUCUGUGAGUGACGGUGUCCGGGCGGACCGGCAAAUCCGGUGCCGCAUCCUUGAAUUCCGGGUGCGACAAAAUCGCAGCCGAUGGGGUGUUGCGGACCUGCGUCGAAGGAUAUUUUUAGUGUUUGUACGUGUUUUCCAGUAUUUGGAUUGCUCUCACGCCAUUUCUGCUUUGCUUGAUCGUCAAUCGUUUAAGGCACGAGUGCGUGUAUGGAUGUAGAGAGGCCUACGGUCUCGGCGGGAAAAAGGACGAAGAAAACGUUCACAAAGAAGAAGGGGCUGCACAAGAAAAGGAUGAAGGAACACCUGAGGUCGAAACGAAAGAAUAAAGUGUAGCGUUUUGUUCAGAAACAUUGUAUUGGAAAUAAUCAUUCGGUCCUCUA